CGCGCGUUCAUCCGGACAGAUUCUUCUUCUUCUCUCUCCAGUGGAUACUGCGGGGAACACACGGAUUUCCUGUAGGAUGGAUUGCUGAAACUCCCUUUGCGAGAUUAUUCAUUUAUUUCCUUUCAUUUCCCUCCCGUCACACUAUCUCGUCUCCAUCCAUCCAUCCAUGAGUCCGGACGGGUUCUGAUUCGGACAGAAUGCGGAUCCUGGUGUUGAUUCCGCUGCUGUGGGGACUCAGUGAAGGGGCUUUUCCCAGCAGUGUCCAGAUCGGUGGGUUGUUUAUAAGAAACACGGAUCAAGAAUAUACAGCUUUCCGCUUGGCCAUAUUUCUUCACAAUACGAGUCCGAAUGCCACGGAAGCCCCUUUCAAUCUGGUUCCACAUGUGGACAACAUCGAGACAGCCAACAGCUUUGCAGUCACCAAUGCCUUUUGUUCGCAGUAUUCGCGAGGAGUCUUUGCGAUCUUCGGCCUGUACGAUAAGCGCUCGGUCCACACUCUGACGUCCUUCUGCAGCGCGCUGCACAUCUCUCUGGUAACGCCCAGUUUCCCUGCCGAGGGCGAGACACAGUUCGUGCUUCAGCUGCGGCCGUCCAUCCGCGGGGCGUUACUGAGCCUCCUGGACCAUUAUGACUGGAGCCGCUUCGUAUUCCUGUACGACACCGACAGAGGAUACGCCAUCCUGCAGGCCAUCAUGGAGAAGGCGGGUCAGAACGGCUGGCAGGUCAGUGCCAUCUGUGUGGAGAACUUCAAUGACGCCAGUCACCGAAGACUGCUGGAAGACCUGGACCGGCGACAGGAGAAGAAGUUCGUCAUCGACCUCGAGACAGAACGACUCCAGAACAUUCUGGAACAGAUUGUGAGUGUGGGCAAACAUGUGAAAGGAUAUCACUACAUCGUGGCUAACCUGGGAUUUAAGGACAUUUCUCUUGAGAGGUUUAUGCACGGCGGGGCAAACGUCACUGGUUUCCAGUUGGUGGAUUUCAGCAAACCAAUGGUGAUCAAACUAAUGCAGCGCUGGAACAAACUAGACCAGAGGGAGUAUCCAGGAUCUGAGAGCCCACCCAGGUACACAUCAUCAUUGACGUAUGAUGGUGUGCUAGUGAUGGCGGAGGCGUUUCGGAAUCUGCGCAGACAGAAGAUCGACAUCUCUCGCAGAGGCAACGCUGGAGACUGUCUGGCAAACCCAGCUGCUCCUUGGAACCAGGGCAUCGACAUGGAACGAAAUCUGAAACAGGUGAGAAUCCAGGGUCUCACUGGGAAUAUCCAGUUUGACCAUUAUGGACGCAGAGUCAACUACACCAUGGAUGUCUUUGAGCUAAAGAGUAACGGCCCCCGCAAGAUUGGUUACUGGAACGACCUGGAUAAAUUGGUUCUGGUCCAGAAUGAACUCUCCAUGGGAAAUGAUUCCGCUAUGGAGAACAGAACUGUUAUCGUCACGACUAUAAUGGAAGGACCGUACGUGAUGUUGAAGAAGAACUGGGAGAUGUACGAAGGAAAUGACCAGUUCGAAGGAUACUGCGUGGAUCUGGCGUCCGAGAUCGCCAAGCACAUCGGCAUCAAAUACAAGAUCUCCAUCGUUCCUGACGGGAAAUACGGAGCCAGAGAUCCAGAGACGAAGAUCUGGAAUGGCAUGGUUGGGGAGCUGGUGUACGGGAGAGCGGAAAUCGCUGUGGCCCCUUUAACCAUCACUCUGGUCCGGGAGGAGGUGAUCGAUUUCUCCAAGCCCUUCAUGAGUCUGGGAAUCUCUAUCAUGAUCAAGAAGCCGCAGAAGUCCAAACCUGGCGUCUUCUCCUUCCUGGACCCGCUGGCCUACGAGAUCUGGAUGUGCAUCGUGUUCGCCUACAUCGGCGUGAGCGUGGUGCUCUUCCUGGUCAGCCGCUUCAGCCCGUACGAGUGGCACACCGAGGAGCCCGAGGAAGGCUCCGACGGUCCGCCCAGCGACCAGCCCCCCAAUGAGUUCGGCAUCUUCAACAGUCUCUGGUUCUCUCUGGGCGCCUUCAUGCAGCAGGGCUGCGACUUCACACCCAGGUCUCUGUCUGGUCGUAUAGUCGGAGGCGUUUGGUGGUUCUUCACUCUCAUCAUCAUUUCCUCCUACACGGCAAACCUGGCUGCCUUCCUCACCGUGGAGAGAAUGGUGUCGCCUAUCGAGAGCGCAGAAGACCUCGCCAAACAGACAGAAAUCGCCUACGGGACUCUUGAUUCCGGUUCCACCAAAGAGUUCUUUAGGAGGUCAAAGAUUGCGGUGUACGAGAAAAUGUGGAGUUACAUGAAGUCGGCCGAGCCCACGGUCUUCACCAAGACGACGGCCGAGGGCGUGGCUCGCGUGCGCAAGUCCAAAGGGAAAUACGCCUUCCUUCUGGAGUCCACCAUGAACGAGUACACGGAGCAGCGCAAGCCCUGCGACACCAUGAAGGUCGGAGGGAAUCUGGACUCCAAGGGCUACGGGGUGGCCACGCCCAAAGGAUCGCAGCUAAGAAAUGCCGUAAACCUGGCCGUGUUAAAGCUGAAUGAGCAGGGGCUGUUGGACAAAUUGAAAAAUAAAUGGUGGUACGACAAGGGCGAAUGUGGCAGCGGGGGCGGGGACUCGAAGGACAAGAGCUCGCAGGCGCUGAGCCUGAGCAACGUGGCGGGAGUUUUCUACAUCCUGGUGGGCGGCCUGGGUCUGGCCAUGAUGGUGGCCCUGGUCGAGUUUUGCUAUAAGUCCCGCACCGAGGCCAAGAAACUGAAGGUGGAAUCGGCCGAACUGAAUUUUAGCCCCGCUCCCAGCCCAACGCACAGUGUGCAGAACUUAGCCACUUAUAGAGAGGGAUACAACGUGUACGGCUCUGACGCAGUAAAGAUAUAGGGCUCACCUUCUCGGAUGCCAUGAGAAACAAGGCCCGCUUGUCAAUCACGGGCAGCCUAGGGGAAAAU